CAGCAAUCAAUAGACCAUUGUUAAGCACCACAGCUGGAGCGUGGACACAAAUAGGAGUAAAAUAAACAUCUUCUGCAACUUUUUGGGUGUUUUUUUCAGGACAUCCUGGGGGUUUUGUCUGUUGACAGCCAGGCAGUUCGGUUAAAAAUAACUUUCUCAUCGCCCCGCUAUGAGGUCAGUUUGCUGCCCGCCUUCAAGCUGAGGUCUCUGGAAGCCAGCAAGCAAGCAGGUGGAGAGCGGAUACUUUGUGAAGGGUCAGCUGGGCUCCAAACAUGCCAGUCCCGCCGCCGCCGCCGCCACUCGCGCCCCCGCCACCGCCACCACCACCCCCUUCCAGUGCUCCACUUCUACAGCGUCCAGUGGAGUCUCCUAAGCUGCAGUCUGGUGGUGGUGGUGGCAGGAAUGCUCUGCUAGCUGACAUCCAGAAGGGAACCAGGCUCAGGAAAGUCACACAGGUCAAUGACCGAAGUGCUCCUGUUGUGGAUAAGCCCAAGGCAACAUGUGCAGAUGUGUCCAGCAAUGUUGGAACUUCUCAGGCUCCAUGUGGAGGCAUGGCACCCAUGGGACCAUCCUUAGGUGGGCUCUUUGCUGGGGGGUUUCCCACACUCAGGCCUACGGGCCAACGUGACAAGACCGCAGUGUCCCGCUCCAGCUCAACAGCCUCCCUCAAGCCGCUGUGGAACGCGCCCGCUUUGGUGGACCGUCCGCUCGCCGCCUCAUCUUCGGCCCCACCCUCCCCCACGCAUGCUACCAAGCACCUGGCCCCGCUGCCCGCUGCCCCACCUCCUACACCGCCCUUUGCUCCUCCACCCCCACCACCACCCCCCGCCUUCCAGGACCGCCCGACCAACAAGCCUCCGCCUCUCCCCUCCUGCCCUCCUCCUCCUCCUCCUCCACCCCCAUCUCAGGUCAUGAAGCCCACUUGGCUUCCCAUCCAGCACCACCAACACGCCGCCAACCCCCAGCCGUCGACUCCUCCACUGCCUCCACCUUACAACCCUCCUUCUCUCCCAGGGGACCGCUCCUCGGGGUGCUUCUACCCACCACCGCCCUCUGCAGUUCACUCUGAAGCUGCCAGGUUCCCCAUCGUGCGUGACUACAGCUCACUCGGACCUCCACCUCCACCACCUCCUCCACCUUUACCGAGUUCAUACACUCCCAGCUGCCCAGCCACUCUACCCCCACCCCCACCCAAGAUCCCCGCUGUCCCGUCACCAUCAUUUCACUUUCUGCCACCGUCAUACCCCUGCAAUGCUCCAACGCGACGGCCACCUGCCGUGCCCAGAAGUGCAGGUGCCAGUCGCCUGGCUCCACCUCCGGCUCCUCCAGCACGCUCCCCGUCCACUGAGCUGUCCAGCCGCAUUCCUCCCCCUCCUCCUCCUCCACCACCACCACCUCCUGUGGCCCCAUCCAAUGUCAGGAAUGGACACCUGCACAGUCUGGAUGAUUUCGAGUCCAAGUUCCAGUUCCACCCCAUAGAAGAUUUACCUCCUCCGGAUGAAUUCAAGCCUUUCCCUCGCAUCUACCCGAGCAAAGAAAACAGAGUAAACGCUGCCCCCCAUGGGAUCAGGUCACACCUCAGAUAGGUUUCAUCGCCCACACAAUUCCUGGAUGCGAAGGUUAGGAAGCCCAUGACGAUUACGCAAUAAGCCGGGGGUGCGGUGGACUUUCAUUUUGGAUGCAGGCGCCAUGUUUGUGCGUAAGUCGGGCCUUGUAAGGCGGUGUGUGACCCCUGACCUUUUCUAGCGUGGAAUGUUUUGAAUGUGUGUGAGAGGAGGGCUCUCACUUCUCAUCCUCAGACAGUGUCUGGUGACAGAGUGGCUAUUUUUGACGUGUUUGAGCAUUUCAUGAUUAUAUAUGGACAGGAAAAAAAACAUGAUCAUUUCAUUUUUGGUCUGCAUACACAGUGGCUUUUUUAAAAAGUGCU